UUUGUCCGCUACUGCUGUCACAGGUAUUAGGAAAAAUAAAAGAUGGAAAUGUAAUUUACUUCGUGAAAAUGGCUGUUUGUUCACCUAUGAAAUGUUAAUUGUAUUUUUCUGUGACUACACUGGCAGAGCCUUAAUAAACAAAAGCAUAUAAAAGUCAUUCAAUAAAUUAUUUUCCUUUGAAGAUAAAUAUUGAAAUUGUACACUAUUGUUUUCACAAAUAUGCAGGGAGACGACCCACCAUUUUUACCAGUGGGAACUGAUGUUAGUGCUAAAUAUAAAGGUGCUUUCUGUGAAGCUAAAAUAAAGAAAGUUGUUCGCAAUAUUAAAUGCAAGGUAACUUUAAAAGCUGGUGGGGGCAGCAUUACAGUAAAUGAUGAUGUCAUAAAAGGUACAUUGAGAGUUGGCAGUACAGUGGAAGUUAAACAGGAUGCCAAGAAAGAUGCAAUGGAAGCAGUAAUCAGUAAGAUACAGGACUGUAGCCAGUACACAGUUGUGUUCGAUGAUGGUGACAUAACAACACUGCGACGGUCAGCGUUGUGUCUUAAAAGCGGACGACACUUCAAUGAGAGUGAAACAUUGGAUCAGUUGCCACUUACUCAUCCUGAGCACUUCUCAACACCAGUCAUAUCAGGCCGAAGGGGACGCAGAGGAAGAGCUCAGUCAGAAGAGAGCGAGGGCGAAGGCGCGAGCGCGGGCGCUGCGCGUGCGGCGGUGGCGGAGCCCCACGCGGGCCGCGUGGUGCUGGUGGAGGCGGCGGGAGCAGCCGAGCGCCGCCGUCCGCACCAGCCCGCCUUCCCCGCGCUCGUAGUCGCGCCCACCGCGCAGAUCAAGGUCAAGGAGGACUACCUAGUGCGCUCCUUCAAGGAUGGCCGAUAUUACACGGUGCCCAAGAAGGAGGCCCGCGAGUUCCGCAAGGGCAGCGCGCCACUGGAGUGGGCGGGCGUGGACGCGGCGCUGCAGUACCUCAACAACGGCGUGCUGCCGCCGCACUGGGACCGAGACUCGCUCUUCAACGAACCCAGGAACACCUCCGAUGACAGUUCAGACGACGAACCUCGGGAGGAAAAGGAUCAUUUCGUAGCACAGUUGUAUAAGUUCAUGGAUGACCGCGGCACACCUCUUAAUCGUAACCCUACCAUAGCCAAUCGAGACAUUGAUUUAUAUAGAUUGUUUAGAGUUGUCCAAAAAUUAGGUGGAUAUAACAGAGUGACUAAUCAGAAUCAGUGGAAAUCAAUAGCCGAUAAAAUGGGUUUCCAUCCUGUUACAACCAAUAUAACAAAUCUUUGCAAACAGGCAUAUAAAAAGUUCCUGCACAGCUUCGAGGACUUCUACCGCAAGCUGGGCGUGACGCUGGUGGCGCACCCGCGCGGGGCCCGCACGCCGCCCGCGGGCCGCUCCCUGAUCCGCGACCGCGACCGCCUGCCGCCCGCGCCCUCGUCCGCCACGUCCGCCACGUCCGCCACGUCCGCCACGUCCGCCACGUCCGCCACGUCCGCCACGUCCGCCGCCUCCUCCGCCGCCUCGGCCUCCUCCGCGCCCUCCACGCCGACCUCCACGCCCGCCGGCACCCCGCCCCAGCGUGUAAAAGACAAAGACUCAGAUAAAAGCGAAACAGAGAAAAGCGAAAAGGGUGAAAAAGAAGACAAAGUAGAGAAAGUAGAAAAAACAAAAGAAAAAUCUAUCGCUAGCGACGAAGACGAUAGUGCCGAUAACCAACCGCUAAUUACCGCUGCUCCCAAAAUAGAAAAAGAUAAAGACAAGGAGAAAGAGAAAGAAAAGGACAAAGAGAAGGAAAAGGAAAAAGAAAAAGAAAAGCCUACUACUUCGACGACACCGAUAAACGAAGAAAAAUCUAUCGUCAAACCGCGCUCCCAAUCUAAAAGUCGCAGUAUUCUCCCAAUCAAGAAUGAAUUACAUGAGAAGAGAACUCCUAAACGUAGGCCAUUAUCUUCUAAAAUUGGUGAAAGCGCGAAUCCGGGGACGUCGAGGGCAUCCCGGCGACCUCAUGUUUCUACAGACAGUGAUAGUUCAGGAAGGGCUUCCAGAUGCGGACCCACGAAGAAGAUGCAGAGUCGCCGUAGUCAGAGCGCUAACUCGGCCAGUAGCGGGAACACUAUUGCCUCCAACAGUAGCAAACGACCACGGAAGAGGAAGAAUACAGAACCGUCAACAAAUGAAUCGACUAGAUCGCGAGCGGGUCCGCCCGGCAACAAAGCUCAGGUGGGCGACAAGCUUAAGGUAUACUACGGGCCGACACAAUCCGAAUCCAAGGUCACGUACGAGGCGAAGGUGAUCGAGAUCUCAGCAGAGGGACUGUUGCGAGUUCACUACACCGGCUGGAAUACACGCUACGAUGAGUGGAUCAAGCCGCAGCGCAUCGCACUCAACGUUACGCAACACGAUGCCAGGAACAAGAAGAAUACGAGUAUCAACAGGCGCUCCAGAUCUAAAAGACUCGAAGAAUCUUCAGUUCAAUCUGAGAGCGAUAGCGACUCAGACUCUGAUGACGAUCUCAAGAGACCCUCGAAAAAAUCAGACGAUAAAACAAACACUAAGCCUCCGUCCAGAUCAAAAGAUGCAAAAUCUAGCGACAGCAGUAGUUCAAGUAAACCACGCAAGAGGCCCGUAAGGACGGUAUCUACUCCAACAACAACAACAACGUUGCCUGCGAAGAAACCUCGGCCUAAUAUCACAGAGCACCAGGGACGUGACUAUGAUCUAAACGAAAUCAGAUCUGAACUCAAAGGGUUACAUACUGUUAAACAAGAAGCAGAAGAAACUAAACAAGAAAUCUCAGAGAAAGAAACUACAAUUGCGCCACAAAUAAUAGCGCCGCCAAUCGAGAAAAAACCUGAACCAGAGAAACAAGCCGAGGAUGUAUAUGAGUUUAAAGAACCCGAACCAUUCGAAAUAGAACUGCAUGAUGAGAAAAAGAAACGGACUCAUCGUAUUUUUGAUGACAUCUCACCAAGCAAAUAUACAUCAACAUUGUCAAAAUCUUUAAGUGAAGAAAUAUCUGAGGAUCCCUUACGACCUCGUACAUCGACAUUGAGAUCUCCCUCUUUAUCACCAUUUAGAGACUUUGGAUCUUCCCGGGAUGUUCCAGGAAGACAAAGCCCUGAAGAGGAUUCUAAAGAUGAUUUCUUUUCUAUGGAUGAUGAUUCGUUCCCGGGUGACGGUAGUUCUGGACCAAUAUUUGAAGGAUUUACUCCGGCCAAAAAUCAAGAAACAUAUUCGAAAAAAAAUAAAGUUUCUAAACUUAGACAGCUCAUAGACGACGAUUCCCCAGAUAGCCCCGCUGAUGAUGAACAAUCCUCUGAAGAUGAAUCUGAAGAUAUAAUAAUGAAAGAGGAAGAACGAGAACCAAGUCCAGUUUUACCAAGUAUAGAACUGUCAAAAAUCCCUGAACUCAGUUGUAAAGAAGAAAGUAAAGAACUUGAACCUGUGAAGGAAAUAAAAGAAGUAGUAGAAAUAAAAAAUGAAAAAAUAGAAAUACCUAAACCGAAGGAGGUUUCACCUGAACCUACAGAAGCACCACCUUCGCCAAAGAAACUUGAACUUCCUAGUACAAGUAUUAUUACACCCAUACCGACUGCUACUCCACUUAUCGUUCUUCCGGAACUUCCUAAAGAAGAACCUGUAAAAAUGGAACCUAAAAAGGAAGAACCUAUAAAACUACUUUCUAUUCCUCUUCCUAUAUUAGAGCUUAAAAAAGAGAAUGUACUUAAAGUAAUUAUAGAAAAGAAAAUGGAUCCAGAUCCAGUACCGUCGAAAUUGGAUCUUCCAGGCAGUCCUUUAGUAGACACAGAAGAAGAUAAAUCGGAACCUGAUAGUCCAGCGCGGAUUGACGUGCUACCAGAACCGCCACCAGGUUUUCUACUGCAAUCCGAGGGACCCAAGAUAGCUGAGAAACUUCUCAAGGCCAUCAAUAGCGCGAAACGACUAUCGAUGUCACCAUCGCCUGUCGAAGAACGUCCUAUUACUCCCAAGAAGGAUAUUACUAAACAGACUAAGCCGGAUGGUAAAUCGUCACCCACAACAUCAGAUUUUAAAGCGACCACGAAUAAAGUGGAGCCUGCAAAACCUAUUAUAAAAACAGAUUCUCUUAGAAAGUUCAGUCCUUUAAACAUCAGCGACUCUAUAUUUGGAGAGCCGUCAAAUGUAACGGCCGUAAAGCGUGAACCGACGGACAUAAAAAAGGUUAAACCUAAAGAAUCCACUCCACCUAGGCUCCAGAGUCCUCUAAAUAUUCUAGAGCGGCGGAAGAGUGUAGCGGAAUUACCGUUGAGCACGCCAGGCAAGAAUAAUAAAGUGCUCAGCGAUACCAUACAAAAGCUGUCCAGUCAGAUCAAUCAGUCGGCGGCUACGACCGCAAUACCGCUGCCAUCUUUCCCUGCAGACGACCGGAGCGAAUCCAGUGAUUCUGACGACUCGGAAGGUAGAAGGCUGAUAAUCGACAAGGUAUCGAUGGAGGAGUGGGGCAGCGGCAGCGGCAGCUCGGAGGCAGCGGCGGCGAGUGCGGCGAGUGCGGCGAGUGCGGCGAGUGCGACGAGUGCGGCGAGUGCGGCGACCGCCGCUGCUGCGGGCGGGCUGGCGGCGCGGCUGCACGCCGGCAAGUCGCCUGGGGAGUGGAGCGCCGGCGAGUCGCUGCUCAUGCUCGAGGACGCCUGCAAGAACGAGAGGAAACACAGUGCGAGCGUAGUGGUAGCGGGCAGCGGUCGCGGGCCUGCGGCUCCGGUGGCUGCGCCUGCUGCGUCGGGGGCGGCGGGGGCGGGGGCGGGGGCGGCGGCGGCGGCGGCGGCGGCGGCGGGGGCGGCGGCGUGCGAGGAGGACAGCAACAUCUCGCUGCUGCUGUGCGAGGAGACGAUCCCCGGGUCGCCGGCGCCCGACGCCGAGCCCGCGCCGCCGCGUCUUCGCCCACACAUGCCGUUCGCUUGCGCUCCACAGCACCACGCCCACUCCAAAGAUGAGAGUCAGGGCGAGUGCAGUUCGGGGUUGGGCAGGGGCGGUGCGGGCGGCGCGCCGGGGGGUGGCGCGGGCGGGGCGGCGGGCGCGGGCUGGCCGCGCCGCCACGCGCUGCUCGACAACACGCCGCCCACCACGCCCGACAGCAGCCUCGACAUGUCGCCGCACAGAGAACGCAGAAUAUCGGAGCGUGAUAGUCCUUUAGAGCGCAAGGAUGACGACGAUGACAACCAUGACGCACUACUGGAUUUGGAUAAAUCUCUCGCAGCAGCAGGCAGCCGGUCCCGCAAGGCGUCCGAGAGCUCGGCGGGCGGGGGGCGCGGCCGGGCGCGGCGCCGUCGCGACACGGACGACACGCACCCGCACCACCACCCGCACCCGCUCGCCACACACGCCUCGCCCAAGUACAACUUCUACGUCGAUCUAGAUCCAUCAUGGGAUUGUCAAACUCGUAUAAAUGUGCUGACAUCGCGUCUCGCAGAUUUAAGAAAAGCUUAUCACUCUGUAAAGGCCGAGCUCGCAGCCAUCGACAGGCGCCGCAAGAAACUGCGACGCAAAGAGAGAGAGGCUGUGAAGGCCGCAAAAGCUGCAUGUUCGUGAUGAAAGUUCUUCCAAAAGGACCCAAGAUGUCCAAUGACAUGAAAACAGAUAUUAGGCUAAUGUGGUUCAAGAUCACGUUAAGAAACAGUGUUUGACAGAUGCUGCAAAUUUUAUUAAGUGUAUAAAGUGAUUUGAACAAUGAUGUAAUAAUGUACUGUUCAAAAAAAUAACCUUGUAGGUAUAUGAAAUUGCAAUAGAUACAAUUUAAUCUCGAGUGAACUAUAGGCAAUAAAAA